GAGAGACGCGGAGAAAAACGGCACGAGAGUUGUUCUCUUUUCUCAGACGUUCACAGACAAAAUGGCAGAGACCGAGCACGCUGGAGUUGAGGAAACACUGAAGAGGAUCGAAGGUCAAAAAGGUGUGAUUGGAACAAUAGUUGUCAAUGCAGAAGGCAUUCCCAUCAGAACCACUUUAGAUAACUCCACCACGAUUCAGUACGCAAAACUGUUUCGCCUCCUCUCCAUGAAGGCGAGGAGCACAGUGAGGGAUAUUGACCCUCAGAAUGACCUCACCUUUCUCCGCAUCCGCUCCAAGAAACACGAGAUCUUGGUUGCACCAGAAAAUGAUUUUCUGCUGAUCGUCAUCCAGAACCCAUGUGAAUAGCUUCUGGACAUUUCCAUGAGAGUCAGCCUUUGUUUUGUCACAUGAUGGUGCUUUAUCCAGGCAAAAUGUCGUUUUACACUGUGUUAUGUUACAUUACUGCAUAAUCCCUAUUUUCCUACUUGGAAGUCGCCUAAAUCUACCUGAUGCAUUGUUUUACCUUAUGUAGUUUUAAUUCCUUCAUUGUAUUUUCUGUGUUUAUAUUGAAUAUGUCUGUGAAAUGAAGCUGCCGGUGAUUGUACAAUACUUACUAGAUCAUCCCUGUUCAUUCUGAUGGGUGACAAAUGUAAUGAGAACCCUGAAUAAAUAAGAGGAGAAACAGAACCUUUAUUUGCAAAACUGUCAAGGAGUAAAAGAUACAAUGUUUUCCUGUGUUAUGGAAGUAUAAGGUAGCAUGAAAUGCAAAAACUCAAGUUUAGUGGAAGCGCCUUAAAAUUGUCCUUAAGUACAGUACUUGAGUAACUGUAAUAACCCUCCAUCACUGCUUUUGUUCUACGUUGAAACAUUUAUAUCUGGAUGAGCGUGGUCUUUUCCAGGAUGACAACGUUCCCAUUCACAUGACACUGAGUGGUCACUUAAUGAUUUGAUGUGUAUGAAAACAUUGUGAAUCAUUUGCUAUAGCCUUCACAUAUACUUGAUCUCAACCCAAUUCAACACCCAUUUGGGAUUUUGGAGCAAUUCUUGAACCAAAGAUGACAAGCAUGGCAUUUUUCUUUCUAGAAAAACUCCUCAGAGUAGCUGUUAAUUCAGGAAACAUGGAACUGAUAUGAAAUGAGAGUGAAAUGUGUCAUAAGUGAAAACUCUCUCCCUGGAUAAAUGAAAAUGACCAAUAAGACAUUUUACAAAUAUUUUAAUGUAAAUUUCCAUCAGAAUGUACAGCAAUAUAUGUUAAUAAAUAAUUCAUCACAAUUAUACAGCCCAAAUAAUACAUUACAUGACAACUGAUUGAAACAAAUAUGCAGGAUUUCACAGCAAGUUUGAGAAGACUGAACAGGUGACGCAGGAGAGUCUGAUUUUGGGAGAUUGCUACGAGUUUGUGCUUUUAGGAACAGGCUCCUGGGACUUUAACAUUCAGAGGGAAAGGGGCAGAAGUUAUGAAUUUGUGACAUUUGUUUUAUCUGGCUUGAACAAAAACAUCUCAUCAAAACAGAAAGAGAGGAGGCGGUGUAUUUUCUGUUAUCCACAGAGGGAUAGUUUAUGUCACCCAUAAACAAUUAUAGAUUUGUCUCAAGUACUCUACCAGUAUCAAGUGAAAAUAUAUCGUUUAUCAGUUUUGACAGUCCUCAAAUGGAACUGAAUAAUAAUUUGGCUUCUUCAUUUCCUUGACAAAAUCAUUUAACUUAGUUGUUCUAUAAUAACUUAAGAAUAAAUCACCUUCAGAUCGAUGUGAACCAUGGUAAGGUUGGACAAUAUGUCUAAAAGUACUGUUGUUUCGCUCAAGUGAUGCCAAUUAUUAAGAACUUGUGUCGAAUGUUGCAAAAGGCUUAAAAAUAUCACAACUUUUAUUCUAUUCAAGUUUCAUCAACAUUUCUAGUCGUGUGGAGGGACAAAGACUCUGGGAUAAACCAUCUGAGCAAUCGUCACGAUAACUUGAUAACGAGUGACAAAAACUGACGUUUGCCAUGUUGUCUUCCAUCCCCAGUGCAUCUUAGUCAACACCCCAAACAUUUUGACAUCACAUGACAUUUUUCAAAUACAACUGUCCUAACAUCCUUCAUUUUCUAAACAUUUUUUAUUCUGACCAGCAGCAGUUCAAACAAAACAUAUGGCUUCCCACAAGAGAUGGUUAAAACAAUAAAACAUACAAAAUUCUUCGUCUAUCACAAGUAACAUUACCAAUGAAAAUUUCAU